AAUCUGAGCUCUCUGAUGAAAUAUUAGAUGUCAUGAGGAAAUACUUGUAUUAAAAGACAAACCGCCUGGUUCUGGGCUCUGCCCAAAGCUAGUGCAAGUGGCAGCAUUAGCUCAGAGCCCUGCCAUCCCUGUCACAGGGUACUUGAACAGAAGGAGCCGUUGACAGUUUGUUUCUGCAGGGACAACAUCAAUGUCGAAAGUAGGUGUGGUGUUUUUAAUAAGGUAAAUCAGGGUGCCGAGUGCAAAGUCCGGGACUGCUGAAGUCCAUCUUGUUCCAGGCCGUGUCUGUGCAUUCAGAGUCCUGCCUACUUUUUGCCUGUCCUGGACAAGUCAAGGACUCCCAGAGGUGGAGGGCUGAUCUCCUGAGCCUGGAUAUCUGGAAUCCUUUCAGCAACCGUUGCUUCCAGGCUUUCCUCAGCUGCUGUUGGCCUUUACUGAGUUACUCCCAUGUUGUUGAGGGCUCUCUCUCUAACUGCCACCAGACUGAGGGCAGGAAGUACUACUGGGUACCUUCGCCAAUUGUCAAUGUUCCAGCUGAGAGCCACUCCAGAAAGUGCCCUUGUGGAUGUGCCUGUGCACAUCCGGGCAACAGGUCUGCCUCCAUCAGAGGUGGUGACCCUCGUAGCAUCUCUAAAGGAUGACAAAGGGUUGCCAUUCCAGUCCAGAGCCUUCUACAGGGCAGAUGAAUAUGGCGAGCUGGACCUCACAAAGGCUCCAGCUCUUGGAGGUGACUAUGUGGGAGUCCAUCCAAUGGGGCUCUUCUGGUCCCUGAAGCCCGAGAAGGUUUUCCGGAGGCUGAUAAAGAAGGAUGUGAUGAACACCCCCUUUGAGGUUACUCUGGAACUUUAUGAGUCAGUGUUGACGCAUACAGCAGAAGGCGUUGAGCCCAAGGCCAAAACGACAGUGAAGCGCUGGUACUCAGUCCCUGAGGUGCAGCGGAUGCCGAUGCGAGAAGGAAGAUUGAGAGGAGCGUUUUUCCUUCCUCCAGGAGAAGGCCCUUUUCCUGGAGUCAUAGAUUUAUUUGGAGGUAUAGGGGGUCUGAUUGAAUUUCGAGCUAGUCUUUUGGCUUCCCAUGGCUUUGCUGUGCUGGCCUUGGCCUAUUUUAACUUUGAAGAUCUGCCCAGUGAUCUGUUGGAGGUGGACUUGGAGUAUUUUGAGGAAGCUGCCAACUUUCUACUAGCACAUCCCAAGAUCCAAGGACCUGGUGUCGGAGUUGUAGGCGUGAGCAAAGGUGCAGAGAUUGCCCUAUCCAUGGCCUGUUUCCUGAAACAAAUAGUAGCUACAGUCUGCAUCAAUGGGCCCACUACCGCCAAUGAACCAUCGCCACACAGAUACAGGGAUCUAACUAUUCCAGGCGCCAUCCCCAGUCCCGAGCGAUUGCAGUUCGAUUCCUUUGGCAAUUUGAUCUUCCGCCAGUACAAGUGGGAAGGUUUGGAUGAAUACAAUCAGAAGAGCAUAAUUCCUGUUGAAAAGGCCCACGGUCAGAUCCUCUUCAUUGUAGGAGAAGAUGACCAAUGUGUCAAUAGUAAAGACUGUGCAGAGCAGAGCUUGCGCCAGUUGCGAAGUCAUGGAAAAAGUAACGGAAGGAUACUGGCAUAUCCCGGGGCUGGCCACCUCAUAGAGCCCCCCUACUCGCCCUUGUGCUAUGCUUCUUGGAGCCCUGGUUUUCCCAGUCCUCUACUCUGGGGCGGGCAGCCUGAGGCCCAUGCAGCAGCUCAGGAGCAUGCCUGGGCAGAGAUACAGAAAUUUCUCAGGCAAAACCUCACUGGGAGCAAAAGCAAGCUUUGAGCCAGGGAUGACGGGGUGGAAGACAGAAAAUGAGGACAAGCAGGCAUGUUCAUCUGAGAGCAUAAAAGGGUUUUCUGGAGUUCUGUAGAUUCAUAAUCAUGUUGAGUCAACUGCAAGAAAUUAAAGAAAACAAAAACUCUACACACAGUUGUUUUUCUGAAGAUGAAUGCACUUACAAUGUUUUGAUAAAUUGAAUCUUAGUUUAUAUGACCAGAAUAUGUCCUUAUUUCAAAAGUGUGAAUGGAAUAUUCUUUUGUACCCCAUGUAGAAACACUUACAGUGCAGGUGUUUCAGUCAAAUUCCCCGCAGAUUCCAAGUUACUAAUGGAAAUGCAUUUUGUUUAAAUUAUCUUGAUUUGAGUCUCAGAUGUUUGAUAAAAGUGACAAAAUGGACAGAAACUUUCUCAAAGAAGAAAUUCGAAUGGCUAAAAGACACAUGAGAAAAUGCUCUAUAUCACUAAUCAUCAAGGAGAUGCAGAUCAAAACAACAAUGAGAUAUCAUCUCACACAACAGAGACUGACCCAUAUAUCCAAAGAACAGAAGCAACCGGUGUUGGCACGGAUGGGGUGAGAAAGGGACCCUCCUUCACUGCUGGUGGGAAUGCCGAUUGGUUCAGCCCUUUUGGAAAACAGUAUGGACAAUCCUUAAAAAGUUAGAAAUUGAGCUCCCAUUUGACCCAGCAAUAUAUUCCUCUUCUGGGAAUAUAUCUGAGAGAGGCAAAAAAGUACAGUUGAGAUGACACCUGCACUUGUUCAUUGAUGCACUGUUCACAAUAGCCAAAAUUUGGAAAAAACCCAAAUCCCCGAGAACAGAUGACCGGUUAAAGAAAUUUUGGUACAUCUACACAAAGGAAUACUAUGCAGCUGUUAGAAAAGAUGAAGUCAUGAAAUUUACAUACACGUGGUUCUACAUGGAAAGUACCAUGCUAAAAGCCAGAAAGGGAGGACAGACAUAGAACGAUUUCACUUAUCUGGGGAAUAAUAAGUAACAGAAUGGGAGACGAACACCAAAGAAUAAUUGAGAUAAGUACCAGUAGUCUGCUCCAUGGCUUGGAAGCCGGCAACAUAUGCUGGGAGAAGAGGCAGCUCAGAUAGAGAAGGGAACACCAAGUAAAGGAUGUUUGGAGGAUUCACUCUGAAUGCGAGAUGCGUGCUGAAAGUAGACUAUAAACGGAACAUUAUUUCCACUCAAUACCUCUAUUGCAAACCACAACACUCUAAAGGAAAGAGAGAGCAAAAGGGAAUGCCACAAAGGUGGGGUGGGGUGGGGGUGGAUGGGGUAGGAGGGUGGGAGGGCUACUGGGAUCAUUGGUGGUGGAGAAUGGGCACUGGUGGAGAGAUGGGUACUUGAUCAUUGUAUAAUGAAAACCCCAGCACAAAAGUUUGUAAGUCUGCAACUGUACCUCAUGGUGUUUCACUAAUAAAAAAAAAGAAAAAGAAAUAUAUAGUUAUUGGAUCUUGUGAAAUAAAAACUAUAUAAUGAAAAAAAAAAGUUCUAAUGCCACAAUCAAGUGGAAGACUUGCUGUGGAUUUCCAGUACUUUAAAAAUAUGAUUUCUAAAAUUUGCUUUUAUUAAGGCAGUGUGAAUUACAAAUACAAAUUACAAAUACAGUGUGAAUUCAUAAUACAAAUUACAAAUAUAGUGUGAAUUCAUAAUACAAUUGUUUUAGGCAUACAAUGUUCCUUACUCCUCUCAGGCACAUAAAAAUUUACUUUAAAUGGAAUUCUCGGAAAAUAAACCAGUGAAAGUCAGUUUGUGAUGAUUGAUUUCUAUGUGACUUUUAACUAUGUAAAAAUUCAGAUUAUUUAAUACAAUAUAAUUUAUUCUCAUUAACAUAAGUAAAUUCUCAAAUAUGACAUCUAAAGUGUAUUGCAUUAAAUUUUAUUUUUGUACAUAGAUCUCAUUGUGAUAAUUAUCAUAUCUUCUCUCUCAUUAAUAAAGCUUUUAGAAAAAUUCUGUGCUAAUAUAUUUUUGGGUUUACAUGAAAUAAGUACAACCUAUCAAUGUAAAAUUUAGUAAGAGUUAAAAGAAUUAAGAAAAUUUAAAGGAGAAAAUUUAAAUAGGCUUAUAAAAGUACCAAGUAUUUUGUUCUAAGAAAAGGAAUAUUGUCUUUAUGUUAUGUUAGAAAGUAUAUUAUCACUACUUCUUAAGUAUCUGCAUUAAUAAGUAAAUAAUUGCAAUAAAAUAUCUAUGGAUAUAAAUUGUUUAGAUAUAGAACAUUAAAUUAAACAAAACGUUAAUUUUUUAUUGAAAAUGUACAAAUACUUUAGUAAUCUAGGAGUAAACAUUACUUUGGUUAAUCUGUUAAGGGCAACCAUUAGCACUAUGAGUACUAUGAGUAUCAUAUUAAAUGGCAAGUGCUGAAUGUUUUUUCAAUAGCAACGUUUCUUUUUAUUCCUAAAAUAUGUGAUUUUUUUCCCUUUGGAGAUGGAGAGGAAUACAGUGCUCCGGAGUAGGCUGUGAUGCCUCCUGGCCACUUUCAGCGAAUGAGCUGAAAGUUUUUUAGAACUUUACUGGCCACCCUACGUGCUAGAGACCUCUUGGGUCACUCCAGUGGUGGAGGAAGAGCCCCAGGGAUGCACCUGAAAAUGCCAGGGAGACCAUGAAUCUGGUGACUCGUGUCACUAUGCAAGGCAUCCACCCUAACACCUGGGCUAUCUAUCUGGCCUCCUUUUAUCAUUUUAGUCAGAAAAAGGAUUAAAUUUCAGCAAGUACCUUUGUAGUAUUCAUUGAAGUUAAAAAAUUUACUUGAGGUUAUUAGAAUAAUGUCAGGCUCAUAGCAAUUAUUAUAUGAGUUAGCUUUAAUUUUCUUAAUUUUUUCAUUUUUCAAUUUUCUGCUGCUUGAUUACAUUCAUUAAUAGACACACUUUGCCUUUCCUCAUCUUAUUUUAAUAGGUGAAUUUCUUGUAUUGGCUAAUUCACAUUUAAAAUUUUCUCUUGCAACCAAUCUGGUCACUCAAAUUUUUUUCUCAUAGUUGUCAUAUUUCUUUUAUUUAUUUGCUUGUAUUUUUUUUCUUUUUUUUUCUGUUUGACUUCAAUGAAAGCCUACUUUAAUUUUUUCCUCACUUAAAAUUUUUUUAAAUCAAAGCACCGUGAUUUAUAAAGUUAUUCUUACUAUGUUUCAGCACCAGUUCCUCCACCAGGGUUACCCAUGUCUCCCACCCCUAGAACCUCCCCUAGCUCCCCCAGCCCCCAACCCCCAGCCUGCCACCUUAACAGGCACAUUUUAAAAUUAGUUUGUUAAUCAGGCUCAGGUUGUCCAAGCACGUGGUUCCUUGUUCUUGGGCAUCCUUCAUGUUUAUAAAGCUGUCUGUGAGAUGGGGGGGGGAAAUAAUAAAAUUUGUUGGUUUGAA